AUGCACUUCAAACUGUAUGGAAACGGCAGUGAAGCUUUCCGAGCCUUCGCCCACCACAAGCGGGGAAAUGUAUUGCUCAGAACUUCCAGGGUUUUAGACAGAGAGACUCGCUCAGAAUACCUGCUGAGCUUAGGUCUGUGCUGCCAGACCUGCGCACCUGGGUCUAUCGUCUUCGAUGUUGCGUCGGUAAAAGUGGACGUUUUGGAUACCAACGAUCACGAACCGACUUUUCGCAGUGCAGACAACAUUCACAUAAGUUUACAUGACACCACUGCCCUCCGUAGUGUAGUUUACAGGCUGGAGGCUGUCGACGCAGACAGCGGAAAAAACGCAGAGUUGACGUAUAUCUCUGUCCCCCAAAAUGGCAGUUUCUAUGUUGUCCCGAAAACAGGCGAAGUUUUACUGGUCGACUCAAUCCUGGGGCUCCCUUCUAAAGUCAAAUUCUGCGUUUAUGCCAGAGACCACGGAUGGCCCCCUCUGACCAGUAAGGCAGUGUUGGUUACUGUCGCUCCACAGCGGUGGGCGACGCGUCCUGCUGAAUUAGCGGGGUCAGCGAGGGCAGGGCGUUCGCCGAGGGCAUUACUUGACCCUGGCACCGUGGUUUCUCUUAACGUGUCUGAAGACGCCAGCAUCGGUUCGGUCAUAACGAGCCUGAGUCCCACCAGAUUUCAAUCAGCCAGCUACGAGUUGAUUUACCCGGAGUCAGAGAGCUCUCCGGUCAGCGUGGGCCGCGACACCGGAGAUAUCACAAUAACGAAGAGGCUGGAUAGGGAGGCAGAGCCGUUCGUGGAGCUCACUGUAAAGAUUCAAGAUAAAAGAGGCCCAGACUGGUACCUGAACAAGGUGAAGUUGAAGAUCACUGAUGUCAAUGACAACGUCCCUGAGUGGAAUAUGAAGCCGUACCCCUACCUGGCUGUUGUAUCCCCUGAGGCCCCUGCGGGAACGUUUGUCUACCAGCUCCAGGCUCAUGAUGGGGAUGAGGGUAAAAGUGGAGAGGUGGAAUACUUUUUGUCAGAUGGCGGUGAUGGCUGCUUUGCUGUUGACAAGAAGACAGGCCAGGUGGUGACCACAGGGCUGGUACUUCAGAGGGAGAGAGAGUACUUGUUAAGUGUGGUGGCCCUUGACGGCAUGGGGAGCCGCAGUGCCCCUGCCAUGCUCUCUGUGGUGGCAGGAGCUAGAGCGCCGCAGUUCACCAAUACAAGCUAUGCCAUCUCAAUACCAGAAAACACACCUGAGGGACAGCCCUUCCUGGUGGUGUUUGCUAUCUCCUUCCAGAAGCAGCAAAUCAGCUAUAGCCUGCUGAUCAAUCCCAGUAGCCUUUUUAGCAUUCAGCAGGAGACGGGGGAGAUCAGUCUGACCAGGACACUGGAUUAUGAGAAUGACCAGCGACGCUACCUUCUGAUGGUGCGAGCCAGUGAAGAGCCAGGCAGCCUCAGCACUGCAACUGAGGUUCAGGUGUUGAUAACGGAUGAGAAUGAUUGUGUCCCAGAGUUUCUUCAGUCCAUCUAUAGUGUGGAUGGAGUCCCUGAGACUGUAACCACAGCAACAUCCCUGCUGCAGGUGUUAGCCACGGACUGUGACUCAGGGUUAAAUGCUGAACUCACCUAUUACACCCUGAGCCCGGACUUCAGCAUUUCACCCCAUGGGACUGUUUUCCCAGCGAGACGGCUUGACUAUGAGAGGCCUAAUCAUCUGUAUGAGUUUGUGGUGAUGGCGGUGGACAGUGGGGACGAACCUCACUCUGGCACCGCCACCGUCCGUGUGAGGAUGGCGAAUGUCAACGAUGAAGCCCCCGAAUUCUCCCAGCCUGUAUAUCGGACAUUCGUUUCUGAGGAUGCAGGCCCCAACACCCUGGUUGCAACAGUUCUGGCCAAAGAUCCAGAUGGCGAUGGUAUAAUCUACUCCAUAACAGCAGGCAACGAGGAAGAAAAUUUUGUCAUUGACAGCCAGAAAGGAUUGAUCCGUCUCCGCUCGACUCCCCUGCCCAAGCUUCAAGGCUUGGAGUACGUCCUGAAUGUAACGGCCACAGAUGACAAUGCAUCAGGCGGACCACACCCUCUGUCUUCGACUGCCCGGGUCAUCGUUGGGGUUGACGAUGUCAAUAACAACAAACCUAUAUUUGAGGAGUGCCAGCAAUAUCGUGAACAGGCUUCGGUGCUGGAGAACCAGCCAACGGGGACUUUUGUGUUGCAAGUGCAUGCCGUGGAUGCAGAUGAGGGGGCAAAUGGAAAAGUCAAAUAUGGCCUAAUGCACAGAGACAGCGCAAUGCCUGCCUUCAGAAUCCAUCCGGACACAGGCGUGAUUGUGACAGCCCGGCGCUUCGACAGGGAGCGGCAAAGAGAGUAUUCGAUCACAGUAACGGCCACUGAUUGGGCAGAGGAGCCACUGAUUGGCAUCUGUCAGCUAACCAUCCAAAUACUGGACCAAAAUGAUAACAGCCCCAAGUUUGAGAAUUUGCGCUAUGAGUAUUUUUUGAGGGAAGACACUUUGGUCGGUACCAGUUUUCUGCGUGUGGCUGCUCACGAUGAUGACUUUGGCACUAAUGCAGCUAUCACUUACGCCAUGUCUCUGGAGCAGCCUGAGUACCUGCAGGUCAACCCCAUCACUGGAUGGGUCUAUGUUAACCAGCCCAUCUCACAGCGGACCUAUAUUACAAGGGAUAUCAUAGCAACUGAUGGUGGGAACCGUAGCACUUCAGUGGAGCUGGCAGUCACCAUCACCAAUGUGAAGAACCAGCCUCCACAGUGGGAAAAAGAAAGCUACAGUGUUGUCAUCCCUGAAAACACUGCCAGGGACACACCCAUAGUGACAGUCAAGGCAACGUCUCAGUUGGGUGACCCAAGAGUGACCUACAACCUCGAGGAUGGGAUGGUCCCUGAAACCAACAUGCCCGUUCGUUUCUACCUCUCUCCCAACCGGGAAGAUGGUUCUGCGUCCAUUCUGGUGUCCGAGCCACUGGACUAUGAGACCACACCAUUUUUCUCUCUUCAGGUCCGGGCGCAAAAUGUGGCUGCAGUGCCUCUUGCUGCUUUCACAAGAGUUUAUGUGAAUAUUACAGACGUCAAUGACAACGUGCCGUUUUUCACAUCCUCCAUCUACGAGGCCUCGGUGACCGAAGGAGCCCAGAUAGGGACUUCAGUUCUGCAAGUAUCCGCCCAUGACAAAGACCUGGGCCUUAAUGGAGAGAUCACUUACUCUCUGCUGAGUGACAGCAGUGGUGACCACAAUCUGUUUCGUAUCGACUCAGAACUUGGGAUAAUCUACACAGAAGCUGUCUUUGACCGUGAGGCCCGUAGCUCCUACUUACUGGAGGUUCAGUCAGAAGAUGGCCAAGAGUCUGCUCGACCUGGGAAGAACAAACAGCCCAACACAGACACAGCGUAUGUGAGAGUUUUCAUCAGCGACGUCAACGACAACAAGCCGGUGUUUGCUCAGCGACUGUAUGAAGUCGGCGUUGAUGAGAAUGCAGAUGUGGGCCUGGCUGUUGUCACUGUUAGCGCUAAUGACGAGGAUGAAGGGGCCAACGCCAAGCUGCGCUACCAGAUAACAUCUGGCAACAAAGGUGGUGUGUUUGACAUCGAGCCAGAGGUUGGGACAAUCUUUAUUGCACAGCCAUUGGACUAUGAGCAGCAGAAGAGGUACAAGCUUCUGAUUCUCGCCUCAGAUGGGAAAUGGGAAGAUUACGCUGCGGUGGUAGUUACUGUGGUUAAUAAGAAUGAUGAGGCGCCUGUGUUUUCCAUGAAUGAGUACUACGGAUCUGUCACAGAGGAGCUUGAUGGGUCACCUGUGUUUGUAUUACAGGUGACAGCUACUGACCCAGACAAAGAUGCAGACCAGGGUGCCAUACGGUAUUCCAUUCAUGGCCAAGGGGCGGAGUCACACUUCAUGAUCAACGACAUCACGGGGGAGAUGUACGCCCAGCGCACCCUGGACAGAGAAGAGCGUGCUGUCUGGCGCUUUGUUGUCAUGGCAACUGACGAAGAGGGCGAGGGACUUACCGGCUUUACGGAUGUUAUCAUCAACGUGUGGGACAUCAAUGACAACGCCCCCACUUUUUCAUGUGCGCCUGAUAACUGCCACAGCAGUGUAGCUGAGAACUCCCCUCCUGGAACAUUAGUUGUGGAGAUGAUGGCUGUAGACCUUGAUGAUGCAGCCGUAGGCCAAAAUGCAAUCCUCACCUACAAAAUCACGGAGAAUUCACAAAACGCAGACAGUGUAGAUCUUUUCAUUAUUGAUUCCAGCACUGGGACCAUCUCUGUGGCAGCAGAGGGGCUGGAUCGUGAGCGUGCCGACACACACCAUGUGGUGGUAGAGGCUAGGGAUGGUGGCGGCAUGACGGGUACAGCUACCGUCACUAUAGUGGUGACGGACAUCAACGACCACGUGCCAAAGUUUAGAGAGGACUGGUGCGGUGCUCGUGUACCUGAGAGCACAAAUGAAGAUGCUCCUAUCCUGGAGCUGAGUGCUGUGGAUCCUGAUGCCGGCUCAUACGGACAUUUGGCCUUCAGUGUGAUGGCAGGAGACUCUGAGCAGAGAUUCUACAUGGUUAGCCACAGACUGGAGCAGAGGGGCACUCUGAGGCUGAAGAAAAAGCUGGACUUUGAGCAGCCAGGGGAGCAGAGGUUUAACCUCACCAUCAAAGUGGAGGACACUGACUUUUCCAGCCACAUCCAUUGUCUGGUUCUGGUGGAGGACGAGAAUGAUAAUGCCCCUGUUUUUACCCCAGGCUCGUAUCUGCUGUCUCCUUUGCCUGAGGAUGUAACUGAAGGAACCAGCGUCAUCCAGGUUGUGGCCUCUGACUCUGACUCUGGUCCAAAUGGUGACAUUUCGUACAGUAUUCUCCCCGAGUCGGACCCGUAUGGACAUUUUGCAGUCAGCGGUGCAGGUGUGGUCACAGUCGCUAGGCCGCUGGAUCGAGAGACAGUGGCAGGUUAUGAGCUGGUCGUCAUGGCGACAGACCGGGGUACCCCGCCGUUGAGUGGCAGUGUCACGGUCCGCUUGCCAUUGCUAGAUGUGAAUGACAACGGGCCAGAGCUGGAGACAGCCUACAUUCCCAUGCUGUGGGAGAACAGUCCAGUGCCUCAAGUGGUCUGGCUCAAUAGGAGCUCAACUCUUCUGUAUGUCACUGACAAAGACUCCCCAGAGCAAGGGCCUCCUUUUUAUCUUUCCCUGCCCUCCGUGUACUCUACUGACUUCCACCUACAGGACCAUGGGAAUGGCUCUGCCACGCUCACCGCUCUGCGGAGAUUCGACAGAGAAAGGCAGAGUGAGUUCCACUUGCCUGUUAUUAUGAUUGACAGCGGCGAGCCACCGAUGACAGCCACAAACACUCUCACCAUCACUAUUGGCGAUCAUAAUGAUAACGCCCAUCAGGCAGGAGAGAAAGAUGUCUACGUGCAUAGCUACAAGGGAAGGAUAGCGAAUGCAGCACUGGGGAAGGUGUAUGCCCCAGAUCCAGAUGACUGGGACAACAAAACCUACACUCUGGAGACGAGUGCAGCUAAGUACUUCAGUGUGGACCAGAGCUCAGGAGAGCUCAGCCUGCGACAGAACGUUCCAGGUGGCAGCUACUGGCUGAGGGUUGAGGUGUCUGAUGGCGUGUGGCCUGAUGUAAUCUCAGGAGUCAGAGUUCAUGUCUGGGAGCUGGAGGAAAAGGCCAUCCUAUCGUCUGCCUCACUGCGUUUGACUGGCAUUACAGCAAAAGAUUUUAUCGACUCUCGUGUCGAGGGGAAGAGUCGGCUCGAGGCGUUUUGGGACUUCCUGUCUGAAACCUUGUCCGUCAGACCAGGGAGUAUCAACGUUUUUAGCAUCGCGGACAGAGACGAAAAAACUGUGGACAUCCAUUUCUAUGUGCUAACUGAUAAUGGCUACCUGCGCCCAGAGAAACUGCAUGGUGUCCUCGCCGCACAUAAAAAGAAGCUGCAGUCAGUAUUGCGUGCAAAUGUGCACCAGGUGCAAGUAGAUGAGUGCGUGCACACCGAUUGCAAGACAUCCGGUGGCUGCUCCACACAGUUAAGCAUCAGUGACUCAUCCACCUUGAUAGACUCGGGUGCUUUAUCCCUGGUCUCAGUGAAAGUAACAUCCUUGGCUGUGUGUGGCUGCGCUGCCAGAGAAAUGACCCAUCAACGCUGCUCUUCCUACUCCAGUAACCCCUGCCUUAAUGGGGGAACCUGCAUCGACACUCAGAACGGAUACAGGUGCCAGUGCCCCCCACAGCUUGAGGGGCCAGACUGUCAGCAGAUGAGAGUUAGUUUCCUUGGCAACGGCUAUGCC